AGGCAGCCGCUUGUCGGAGCGUGUCGCCAGUGCUUCACAACCUAGUUUACACUUCAUUCUUUGUUAAAAAGCACACAAAGAAAAACAAACUUUAUGAAUCAAUUUUGCAGCUGCGAGGGGCCUAGGAGAUGUAGUGGCAGACAGAAAGUUCCUGGGAAAUUUUAGGAGCAGUGCUCUCCCAUGACUCGUUCUCUUCAGAAGACAGAAUUUGGGCUGGGAUUUAGCUCAGUGGUGCUACCGCCUGCAUCGCAAGAACAAGGUCCCAAGUUCGAUCCUGGUACCAGAAAGAAAAAGAAAAUAACAGAAUUAGACAGAAGCGGGACAUGAACAGGGGCGCCUUUCGAUUCCGUCCUUCUCCAGGGCAGCCAUCGCCCCUAUGGGAGGCCCCCUCCUGCAGGCCGUGUGUUGCUCCCCUGCAAGACAAGGGCCCUGCAUGUCCUGCACCCCUGCUGGGACCAGGCCCAGCCUCAGCCUGUGACACCCAGAUAGGAUGACGGAUGAGGUCGGACGUCAGUGCUCUGGUCCAGGAUGGGAUGGGGUCAGCAGAGAGCACAGGCGCCUCAGCAGCCGGGAUGGUAAAGCUGUGAGGGCAGAAAGGAAGGACCAAGAGGAGAAGACAGAGUUUAUGCUUGGAGACGCAGGGACAAAGCAGGACGCAGUGUGCAUGCCUGGGAUCCCGGCAAUCAGGAGGCUGAGGCAGGAGGAUUGCCACGAAUUCAAGGCCAGCCUGCCACAGCCCUGCUCCUGCUUGGGAUGUGGCUGAGCCUUUAUCCUCCUUUUCCUCCUGGAACAACUUGUGAAGGGGUUGUGAAGAAGAGACAGCAGUGCAUCCCUGGCACAGUGGACUCCUAAUGUGGGGAACCGUGCAGACGAGCCUCCCUCAGCCCCGGCUUUGGCCCUCACACCUGCCCACAGCAGGGGCUGUGUCAGUCAGGGAGAAGAAAUGGGUCACGGUUGGCGACACGUCGCUGCGAAUCUACAAGUGGGUCCCUGUGACAGAGCCGAAGGUGGAUGAUAAAAACAAGAAUAAGAAGAAGGGCAAGGAUGAGAAGUACGGCUCGGAGGUGACCACUCCAGAGAACAGCUCCUCCCCAGGGAUGAUGGACAUGCACGAUGACAACAGCAACCAGAGCUCCAUAGCGGACGCCUCCCCCAUCAAGCAGGAGAACAGCAGCAACUGCAGCCCAGCCCCGGAGCCCAGCGGGGCCCUGCCCGGUGACUGCGAGGCCAAGGCAGGCGAGGCGCAGGCAGAUGGCAAGGAGCACCCAGGGGCGGAAGACACUGCUGAUGAGCAGAACUCACAGUCAUCGAUGGAAAACUCAAAUGGUUCGGAGAAAGUGGAGCGGCAGCCGUCUGCAGAGUCGGGGCUGGCCACCGAGUCGACCGCAAACUCUCAGGACCCGGAAGGAGCACCACCCUCCAAGAAGCUGAAGCUGGAGGCCUCGCAGCAGAACCCCGAGGAGAUGUAGGCGCCAGCUCGGUCUCCAGCCGUGUGUCCUGGCAGGGCACCGCAGGCUGCAUCCUGGACCACGCGGCCCAGGCGGUGCCCUCAGGUGCGGACAGACCACUCAGUUUCCAGUUUACCAAGUCGAAUCCAAGGACACCUGGCCCAGCGUGACUUCUCAGACACUGAAGACCUCUGCCACGAAGCGAGACCCUCGAACCUUGAAGCAACUGUCCUCGGGGAGGCGAGCGAUAGCUCAGGAGUCUGCACACUGUCCUGGGAGCCAAGAUGACAUUUGUGUUGCUGCUGUGUCCCCCUCUGUCUCACGAUUCGAGCUACGGGAGGGUGGCGCCCAUCAGGAGCCACUUCCUGUCGGGGCUUUUCACUGUUUCACGAUC